UAUAAUGAGAAUAACAGAUUCCGAAACGAAUAUACAAAGUGAAUGGCUUUGAAAAACGAGUUUAGAUAUUGGAAGAAUUUGAACAUUUAAUUAAUUUCAUUUUAUAAUAAUAAAUUUAAAUUAAUUAUUUAUGUUUACUUUUUUUAUUAUUUGGGCAUUUAAUUUAUGGAUUUUAAUAAAUAUUUGUGAUUUUUAUAUAAGUGAUAAAAAAAGGAGAAAAUUACAACUGGAUUGUUUUUCUCGAUUUUAUUGUAAUAAAGGAAAAUAAAUGCAAUUUUAUCAACUUCAGAAUUGAUAAUCACUAUCAACAAAAUAUUCCAAGGCAAUAUUUGCAAACACUGCACAAUCCAUAAAGAAAAAAAAAGAAUAGAAAAAUGUCUCUAUUAUACAAUCAAUUAAGAGACUUAAUUCUCAACAAUCAAGUGAAUGAUGUUCAAAAAUUUUUCCAAUACCAUCCAUUCUAUAAGAUUGACAUCAAUCUCAUUUAUUUGGCAAUCGAAAGGAAGCAAGUAGAAAUUAUAAAACUAUUAAUUUCCCGAGGAAACAUCAAUUCCAAAGAUGAAAAUAGUCUCAAUAAAUCAUCAGCAAACAACAUACUGUGUAAUCUUCUGGAGAAUGGAAUUUACAUCGAUUCGAAAAUUUAUCAGGACUUUGGAUACAUCGGCGAGGCUGUGACGAAAAUUCUAGAUAAAUGUUCACCAAUUGUGGUGAAUAAUCCCAUUAGUAGAAAGUUGGCUGGAGAUGAUGAUAACAACGAGGAUGAUGAUGACGAUAUUGAUGGUUCUGUACUAUCCCAAAGUAUACGUUUAUUCGGUCAUCAAAUGGUGGAUGUUCUCUUGAAGGAUGGCGAUGAUUCUAAUGUUUUAAUUGAUGAUAAACCUACAGCACUGCAUUUUGCUGCGGAAUUAUUUGAAAAUCCAGAAUCAUUCAUUCGAUUAUUAAAGUACUAUAAUGAUCCGUAUGAGCUUGAUUCGGAUAAUUCUUGUCCCUUGUAUUUGGCAGUGAUGAAGCAGAAUUUAAUCACAACUGAAAUACUUCUCAAUAUGCACACAAACAUCAAUGAUCCAAAGAAUAAAAUGGCCUUUUGUUUGGCUAUACUCAGUCAUAAUGAUGAUGAACCAAAAACCAAGCAAUUGGUGAAUUUAUUCACUGCACGUGGUUACAGUAUCGUGCACGCGGAUUUCACUGACCUAAGCAUACCACAACCUUGGCUACAACACUUGACGGACAUUCAAAACGAUCGUGAAUAUCAAGAUCUCCCUUAUCUCCUCCAUCGCGAGCAGUCCCUCGAACUUUUAUUCGAAUUCUUCGUCAUCAAAGCGACGAUAAUCCAGGAUUUCUUCAACAUCUUCAAUGGUCUUAUGGGUCCUCACGUGAAUGUUGAUAUUCACUUUCCCAGACAUGGUUCGUUGCUACACAUCGCCUGUGAAUACGGUCGUGAUAAAAUUGUCGAUUAUCUCCUGAAACGUGGUGCGGAUGUUAAUUGUCGUAAUUUCCAGUACAUGCGUCCAAUUCACUAUGCCGUGAGGGGUAAUUAUCCAAAGAUUGUCGAACAACUACUAUCGGCACGUGCCAACAUUGAAUAUCGUAAUUCAAUCGGUGAGAGUCCCUUCUUCAUGAUCUUCAGUUGUUCCUCCUUCGAUUGUCUUCAUUUGCUCCUUGAUGCCGGAUCCGAUGUCAAUUGUCACGAUUAUCUACAACGUUAUCCCCUUCAUUUGGCUGUGGAAUUCGAGCACGAAACUCAUGUUAAGCUGUUACUUAAAUAUCAAGCGGAUGUUAAUGUUCGUGACAGUAAUAAUGAGACCCCACUCGACAUUAUUCUCCAACGGCGAAGAAAGAGAAAUUUUCGUAUUGCAAAAAUACUACUAAAUCACGGCGCAUUCUAUGAGAUACAACAACAACAAAGAAUCGAAUUAAAUGAAUUCUACGAUCAUCUUCUGAUGCAGAAAAUAAAAACCGAUCUUAUUGGCUGGGGGUCAAUUGUCGGGAACUUGGACCAAAACACCCGACUCGCGGACAUGAAUAUUUUUCACAAAAAUUGUCACGAUGAACUCGAAAGAAUGAAAAUGAUCAAACUCAUCAAGGAUAUUACGAUUUAUGAUGUUUUGACGGAAAAUUGUGAUAAAGUAGCGGCAUUUAUAAAGGAGAGAAAUUUUUUGGAUCAAUAUAAAAGAAUUGAUUUCAAGAUAUUUCCGAUUUAUGAGGAUUUAUUGGAAAUACGUUUUGCGAAGGGUAUGAGAAAACAUGAUAUUAAUAGUUUAGCGAGUUAUUGCAUUGAUGUUUUGUUUAAUAAUAAUAUGCCAGCGACGGUGAGAACAGUUGUUUUUAAUGGUAUGAGUGAUUUGGAAUUAAGACGUUUUAUUAUUGUCUCGCCUAUUUGUAAACUGAGAAAAUUAACGAUAAUGGAGAGUGGUAAUAAUGCAUUGGACAUAACGCCCGAACAGCAUGUCAGUUAUUUGCAUUGAUUUUAGGAAAAAAAGAAGAUUUUUUAUUUGCUUAAAAUAUGAUAAUUGUAUUUUAUUUACUAGAACGAAUCGAAAAGUUGUGGAGAAAUUUUUAAUCGGAUGUGGCGUUUUCGAGUUAUUAGGAUUUUAAGUUUUUGUUAAAGUGCGGCCUAGGCGAAAAGUUGGGAAUUGUAGAGGGACCUUAAGAGAGGGGAAGCACAUGCAUCGUUGAAAGAAAAAUUGUAAACGACUCUGUACUUUUAUGUCAUGUUCAGCAAAAACAAGAAGAAUCCAAUUGUAGACUUAGCCUUAGCCAAUAAUUUAAGAAUUCAUUUUUGUAAUUUUUAUCAAAAUUAACACACUAAUUUUUUUUCUCAAAAUAGGAUUCGAUUUUGUAGGAAAGAAUAUAUUUCUACCUUAAUUUAUUUGUAUAAAUUUUAAUUUGUAAACAAGCUCCAAUUGUAUACUGCAAUAAAAUAUAAUGA